GCUGAUCACUGGAUUAGCUGUCCGGCAGGAACUAAGACGCUAGACGGUAAUAGCGCUGUUUAAACACAGGUCCGGGACUGCGGUCUGGGUUAAGAAAACCGGGACUAUUGGGCGGUAUGCCCUUGGCUUUUUCUCCUUGGCAACGGAAACUCGCAGCUGUCCCCUGAAAUGCCUGCCGGUAUAUGUGGUUGCUGUGGGGCAUUACGCCCACGAUACAAACGCUUGGUGGAUAACAUCUUUCCUGAAGACCCCAGGGAUGGACUUGUCAAAGCUGAUAUGGAGAAGCUCACCUUCUAUGCAGUCUCUGCCCCGGAGAAACUGGAUCGCAUUGGCGCCUAUCUUGCAGAAAGGUUGAGCAGGGAUGUUAUGAGACACCGCUAUGGGAACGUGUUCAUUGCGAUGGAAGCGCUGGACCAGCUCCUCAUGGCGUGCCAUUCACAGAGCAUCAAGCCCUUUGUCGAGAGCUUCCUCCACAUGGUAGCAAAGCUGCUGGAAUCUGGCGAGCCCAAACUACAGAUCUACGGAACAAAUUCUUUUGUCAAAUUUGCCAACAUUGAAGAAGACACGCCUUCCUAUCACAGACGAUACGACUUCUUCGUUUCCCGAUUUAGCGCCAUGUGUCAUUCGUGUCAUGAUGAUCCUGAAGUCCGAAAAGAGAUUAGGAUUGCAGGUAUUCGGGGAAUCCAAGGUGUCGUUCGUAAGACUGUGAACGACGAGCUGCGUGCAACUAUAUGGGAACCUCAACACAUGGACAAAAUUGUCCCCUCUCUGCUGUUCAACAUGCAGAAAAUAGAAGACACUGAUAGUCGAACUGGCCCUCCAGCAUCUCCAACCACUGGUGAUAAAGAAGAGAAUCCAGGCAUUCUGGCUGAAAACUGUUUCAGAGAACUUCUGGGAAGGGCGACGUAUGGGAACAUGAACAACGCGGUUAAGCCGGUCUUUGCCCAUUUGGACCAUCACAAACUGUGGGAAUCAAAUGAAUUUGCUGUAUCCUGCUUCAAAAUCAUCAUGUACUCGAUUCAGGCUCAGUACUCCCAUCAUGUGAUCCAACAGAUCCUUGUUCACCUGGAUUUACAUAAGAAGGACUCCCCCCGAAUCAGAGCUGGUAUUGUCCAGGUCCUUCUGGAAGCUGUAGCUAUUGCGGCUAAAGGAUCCAUUGGCCCCACUGUUCUGGAGGUGUUUAAUACUCUCUUAAAGCAUCUGACCCUCAGUGUCGACUUUGAGCUUGGCGACAGGCGGAGUUCAGCAGGCAGUGCCGUAUUCAGCUCCUCCAGCACUAGAGAGAGCGACGAAAGGAUUGUCCAAAAUGCCAUCAUUCAGACUAUUGGAUUCUUUGGAAGUAAUUUGCCAGAUUACCAGCGAUCCGAGAUCAUGAUGUUCAUUAUGGGGAAAGUACCAGUGUUUGGAUCAUCUCCGCACAUGCUGGAUACCAGCCAACUGGGGGAUAUGGGAACUAAACGGAUCCAAAUUAUGCUGCUGAGAUCGUUACUCAUGGUGACUUCGGGAUAUAAAGCGAAGACUAUUGCCGCAGCUCUCCCCCCAGCAUUCCUCGAUCCCCUCCUGUCUCCUUCACUCAUGGAAGACUGUGAACUAAGGCAGCUCGUUCUUGAAAUACUGCACAACCUGAUCGAUCGCCAUGACAACAGAGCUAAAUUAAGAGGCAUCAGAAUAAUUCCUGAUGUUGCCGACCUCAAAAUAAAGCGUGAGAAAAUAUCCAAGCAAGAUGUGAAUUUUAUGAAGAAGCAUGGCCAGCAGUUGUACAGACACAUCUACCUUGGCUGUAAGGAAGACGACAACGUCCAUAAGAAUUACGAGCUGCUCUAUACCACUUUGGCUCUGGUGACCAUUGAGCUGGCUAAUGAAGAAGUGGUCAUUGACCUCAUUAGAGUUGCCAUUGCUUUGCAGGAUAUAGCGAUUACUAAUGAAGACAACCUGCAAAUGUUCAACCGCUGUGGCAUCAUGGGAAUGGUAGCGGCCUACCUAAACUUCCUCAGCCAGAUGAUUGCUGUUCCUGCAUUCUGCCAGCAUGUUAGUAAGGUCAUAGAAACAAGGAAUAUGGACGCAACCUAUUUCUUGCCAGAAGUAAUUUUCAGAGAUAAAUGUAGUCUUCCAAAAUCUCUGGAGAAACAUGAGAAAAAUCAGAUUUUCCUGACCAACAAGAUAGCAGAGUCCCUUGGUGGCAGUGGGUAUAACGUGGAAAAGUUAUCAAUGCCCUACGUGCCCCAAGUUACAGAUGAAGACCGACUCUCCAGAAGAAAGAGCAUUGUGGAUACUAUUUCUAUCCAAGUGGAUAUUCUGAGUGGGAGCAACACGGAGGACAAGGUUAACACAGAAGAAAUCACAUUUGAAUCACUGAAAAAGGCAAUAGACAAUACUGGAAUGGAAGAGCAAGAGAAAGAGAAGAGGCGACUUGUCAUUGAAAAGUUCCAGAAAGCUCCAUUUGAAGAAAUUGCUGCUCAGUGUGAAUCCAAAGCUAAUCUGCUUCAUGAUAAAUUAGCACAGAUACUGGAGCUGACAAUAAGACCUCCUCCAAGCCCUUCAGGAACAUUAACCAUGACUGCAGGGCAUGCUCAGUACCAAUCUGUCCCUGUGUAUGAAAUGAAGUUCCCAGACCUUUGCGUGUAUUAAAUGCAUAUAAUAAUCUCUCAAUUCAUAUUACACUUCAGAUUGACUGUGAUUAUAAGUGUUACACCACCAAAGGCACAUAUAGGGAAAUCUUUGCUCAGAGGAAAUGGGGGAACCAAGUUCAUGAUACCAAAAUUCCAUCCUUCAAAGAAAGUCUUUGUUUUGUUUUAUGAUCUGGUCUAAAGUGAUAAUUUUAUCUUGACUGUGACAGAUAUGUAAGGAAAAUGUGGGGGUAAAUACUGAGUAUAUUUAAUAUGAGCUCUGCAAAGGCAUCUCCAAAACCCCUUCAUUCCAGUGCCCUUGUGUGUUUUUAUAUACUGUAAUUCAUAUUACAUCAGUUCCAUCAGUUUUUGUGUGUAUAUACAACAUGGAAAUACAGCUUCUCAGAAAGCAUAUGCUGUUAAAGGACCAGUAACACCAAAAAAAUUUAAGUAAAAAAACAUUGAAACCCCCUUUAGUAACACCUCCUCCAUUCUGCACAAAGUUAAAUAUUUGAAUGCUUUAUUCAAAAAUAACUUAGGUCAAUAUGGCGACAUGCUCUUUGCUACAGCUUAAGUGCAUGCUCCACAUCUCCUAAAACCGCCUGCAUUAUCCUUCAGCGUGAUUUGUUUCCGUACUGCCAUCAGUGAAGGCAGCACCCGGGUCAUCCAUAAAUCUUCUAAGGACAACAGAAAACCUGUAUCAUUGCGCUGACUCCUUCACUGAUGCAGCUCGUACAGAAAUAAAUUGUAUCAAGGACAUAAGGAGAUAAGCUUGUUGGGCUGGGAGAUGUGGAGCGUGCACGUUGAAUUUAGAAGAGAGCAUGGCGCCAUAUCGCCGUAUUUGUGAAGACCGGAAGCAGAAUUUCAGCAUGGUAUUUUUAAAUAAAGCAUUAAAAAUGGGUAACUUUCUUCAGCAUUGUAGUAUUAGUGGAGGUGACUACAACGGAUUUUUUAUUUAAACAUUUUUGAUGUUACUGAUCCUUUAAGGGAGGAAAGUCACCAAAAAAAAGGCCAAAAAAAGGGUCUGAAACACCUUUUCUGUAUUUCAUCUUUUUUUUUUACCAAAAUAUAGCUUAAAGAUUUGUCUCCACAUGGCUACAUAAUUGUCACAGUAACUAAUAAGCUCCAUGAUGCUGACUUCUAACACACCUGAUAUUGAAUUUCCCAUUGCUGUAGAGAUUUCUCCUAUACAUAUUUUUGUGAAACAAACAAGGGAAAGUAAUAAUGGGUGCGAAGUUUGAUCCAAAUCCUACCCUAUUUUUAAAUCCACAAUGUGGCACCAAGAACUCCCCAGAACCCAUUUUCUGGAUGAUCACACUUUUUGUUUUUGGUGGGACAGUUACCAUAAUAUUCUUGGCCAUACUAACUUUUGAUGGGUAGGAAGUUGUGACGCUCUCUGCUUGUAUGGGGGAAUGUGGGCAGGAGCCUGAUUUCCAGGAUGUCUUCGUUAGUCAGCCUAUGAAGUUCCGUUGGCAGUACCACCAUUCUUAGUCUUCAACCAAGAACUUGUGAAGCAAGGUCAUGGGUAUAACAUAGUGUGUUUUUCGAUGGUGUUGGUAUCAUUAAUGUGUUAAAAAAUAAGAAAAUCAGGGGGGAUUUUUAUGCCUUCAAUAUUACCACUAGGUAUUGGGGCUCAGCAGGUAUAAGGGUGACUGUUAUUGCUCAAGAGAAAUUAGUCAUGUCGGUAACCCAGAUACCUACAGAGCAGUCAGAUGGGUGACUGUUACCUAUUGUCCUCUAUGUCUGCUGUGUCCCAUUAGAGGCAAAUCAUUGUAUCCCUUUGUACCCUGGGAAUAAAAUAGUUAACCUAGUUAUAAUAUCUUCCAGUCACUUUAUGCUGUUAUCGUUGAUUUGAACUUUUGCACUAAUAACUGUGUAUAAUACAUCUACUUUUCCAAAAACUAUCAUUUUUGAUAUUGUAAAUAGUUCAGCAUGUUCCAGUCCAGUUUCAUUGUGACGUUUUUUGGUUUUCACAUAAGUAUCCAUAGUCUUUCAACCAAAAUAUAUAUCCACAAAAUAUCCACAGGACUUGCUUUGGCUGGGGUAUAUUUCUGUAAAUCAGGGUAUCUCACCAGUCAAGUGCUUUCUAGAGAUGCUGGGAGUUAAAGUACAUGUUCAGUAAGAGGGCUCGUGAUGGAUAUCUCAGUUUUAUUAAAUAAAUCUUUUAUCCUUUAUUCUGUAAAUAAUUGGGUAAAUGAUUAUUUGUCCUUUAUAGUGGUCGUCAGCUGAAGCCACAAAUCUUUAUUGAACCUAAAUUCCAAUGUUGGGUUCUUGUGUGUCCAACAAAAUGUUACUUACAGGUUUUGGAAGUUGCUGAAAUUAGUUCACUAGAGGGUUCUAGUUUGCAUAUUAUUAUUAUUUUAAGGGAAGAUGACCAUGUCUGAAGACCAAAGGGUCAUCUACUAUAUGUCCCUCUUGUAAGGGAAGAUGGUCAGAUAUAAAGACCAAAGGGUCAUCUACUAUACAUCCCUCUUCUUCUAAGGGAAGAUGGGCAGAUCUGAAGACUAAAGGGUAAUUUACAGUACAUGCCUCUUCGUCUAAGGGAAGAUGGUCAGAUCUGAAGACCAAGGGGUCAUCUACUAUACAUGCCUCUUCUUCUAAGGGAAGGUGGUCAGAUCUGAAGACCAAGGGGCCAUCUACUAUACAUGCCUCUUCUUCCAAGGGAAGAUGGUCAGAUCUGAAGACCAAAGGGUCUUCUACCAGGGGAGAUGGUGAGAUCCGAAGACCAUAAUAUCACAGUGUACAGAUUUCUUUUCUAAGGGAUACUAGUCAGAUAUUCAGAGACUGUAAGUGUCACAAGUUGAAGAACCCAGUUCUUAGAUUAAGAGGUCAGAACUAAAAGGUUUUGUUCAUAGAAACCAUAAGUAUCAUCUGUGGAACCUUGUAUGCACUUGAAUUGAACAAAUAUGUUAUGUAUUGACUUCUGCAGUAUCAAGAAAACCGAACCACUGUGUUUCAUUGAAUGUACUUCAGGUGAUGAGAUUAAUCAAGGAGACUGCAAUAAUGUUAGUUUACAAGCUUUACUAGCCUAUCUGUGUUGAUAGUUCUGCUGCUGAAACAUAUCGCGUUAUGCUGGUGCAGUUGGUCGUCUUGAUGUGUUUGUGUUUUCCUCUGCAGUGCUCGGUGCUUUUUGGGUCUUUUUCCUACUAGCAGUAGUGAUUGUAAACAUCCGCUUCUCACCAGGGGUCGCCAGUGCAUGGUUCCGGAGUGACCCAUAAUGCUGUUUGUCCGUUGGUUCAAAUCACUGAAAGUUUUGUUCAAUAUUUAAAAGUAGGAGGGAUCAAACCACUCCCUAUGACAUUGUAUUUGUUGUAUUCCUGUAUGUUUAGCCGAGUAAUACUGUGCUUAAAUGAAGUUCUCGCUCUAUAGUAUUAAUGUGCAAUAUAUUUUCUCUUGUUCGCUAUACCGCAAUGCAAAAUGUGUUGACAUCUUUGCUUUACAUGCACGCCUUGCGGCCGGCGUCACAUCGUUAUUUUUACACUUGAAAUUUUAGCUCUAAAGAAAUAGAUUUAAAUUAUCUCUGCUUCUUCAUACGUUAUAAAGGUUAAAAUCUUAUCACAUAAAUAUAUUUUGUAUAAGAAAAGCUUGAAAGCCUCUAUAGAGUAUAUAGUUAUUUACUAUUAAAAAACUUGCGUUCCUUUCAUCUUAAAAACUGAUCCCUUUAGCUCCACUGAAACAUUUCAUUUCUUAAAUGGAUGAAAAAAUAUAGGAAAGGCAGGAUUCUGUUAACAAAGGUUACUGAAAAUGAUGUUUUUUGGCUUUUAGAUUCAAGGCAGAAAUGACUUUGUUGUUUUUUAUUAUUUAGAACCUGGUGUAAAGGUUUAUUGAUUUUUAUUAAAAAGCAUCAACCUAAUUUAAAGUUUUAUUAAAGUUUAUUCACAAGAGGUUUUAUUUCAGUUCAUUUAAUGGGUUUUAUUUACAAAUGAUAUUCCUAUAAAAAUACUUUGCCCAAUAUUGUCUUAAAGUUGCUUUUUUUGUUUGCGGAGUUUUUUUUUAUGUGGCAGUUUGUAUAUGUUGAAGUCUGUGUUGGCAGUAUCGAUAUAUGUUCAGGUUCUCUGCAUAAUGUACAAUAAAACAAUGGCUAACACUCA